AUGCUCAUAUUCUUGGGAUUUGUUAUCAACACAAGGUUCCAAAGAAAGAUUCCGAAUAGACACCAGUUAUUUUUCAAUGGCACUACUUAUUUUGAUACCACUGUCAUACUGCUAUCACUAGAUGGGUUUAGAAAUGAUUAUCUAGACAGAAAAGUAACACCAAAUAUAGAGAGCAUAGGCAAAAGAGGCAUAUUUGCUGAAUAUAUGAACCCUUCUUUUCCUUCCAUUACUUUUCCCAAUCAUUGGACAUUAGUCACCGGACUUUACCCAGAAGCACACGGCAUUGUCGCGAAUGAAUUCUAUGACCCUGCUUUGGGCCAAGACUUUAUUCACAAGAACGAGUCUAUCAGCAGCGACCCUAAAUGGUGGAAAGGUGAGCCUAUCUGGAUCACGAGUAAAAAACAAGGCAAGAAGUCUGCUGUUAUUAUGUGGCCAGGCUCCAACGCCAAGAUAGACUCCCUUUCUCCAGAUUACUAUCAGUCUUACGUUAGAGAAAUAACAGCACAAGACAAAAUGGACACGGUGUUGAACUGGUUAGAUUUACCCAUGGAUGAACGCCCUCAGUCCAUAUCAGUCUAUAUCCCACAAAUUGACCAAAAGGGCCAUGGUGGUGGACCUAAUGGAGGACAGUUGAACUCUGUUCUAACAGAUAUGGACAAUGCCAUUGGCUAUCUACUGAAAGGGCUAAAGCAAAGAAAUUUAGAUUCGCAUGUUCAUGUUGUGGUGGUAAGUGACCAUGGCAUGGCUCCUUCUGAUCCAUCAAGAUAUAUCUUUUAUGACAAGAUUUUAUCGGAUGAAUCCCAAUCUUAUCUACGUCCAAGAGAAGCAUGGCCACUGCUCGGUCUUCGUCCCAGAGACGACGCUCCUGAACACAUCACUGAUCAGAUCUAUCACGAACUUCAAACAUAUACAGAAACUCAUGAUGAUGUCCACUUUACAUUUUAUCGCAGAGAGGAGAUGCCUUCUCGGUUUCAUUAUAACGCCACAGAACGAAUAGCGCCUAUUGUGAUGAUACCCGAUGUUGGCUACGCCAUCAUUCGCAGCACAGAAAGAGCGCCAAAAGGCAUCCACGGAUACGACAACUUGGCCCCAGAGAUGAGAGCGAUAUUUGCUGCGACUGGUCCAAAGAUCUCAGAGCAUUACGGUAAAGGAACACGGUUAAGUCCGUUCUUUAAUACUGAAGUGUAUGCCUUCCUUACAACUUUGCUUGACCUUGUUCCGGCCCCUAACAAUGCUACUCUAAAUGGCGCUUUAAAAUAA